AUGCAAACAGGAGACUACGACGGGGCAAAGGCGCGCUCAAAAUUCAAGCUCGGAACCAGCAAUGGCAGGCACCACUUGGUCAACUCCGUCUUCCAGUGCCCGGGCCAUCGAGUGGCGGAGAAGAAGGGACAUUGUCCCAGGACUGCAUUUCUUGUCCACGACCUGCCUGUCGUUGACCUGUUUCCAACAACUUCAGAUCCUGCAACGGUGUCGCCAGAAGAGAGUCAACUCGAAACGUGCCGGAUGAUCGCUGGAUGCGGCGAUGACCAACUGAGUCCACUUCGAGUUGGUCAUCAGACCAAAAAGCGAGAAAUAUUGGAGUACUAUGACGGUGUAAAUUCCACCACCAUUCUGGGAGAGUUGUUCGGACAAGACGAGCCCCGCAGAUUUGUUCAGAUUACGGUCGGUGAAUCGAGCGGAAUCGAGCUAUCACAAGCAGAGGAUGUCGAAAGCGUGAAUAUGGACUUUUUACGGAGGCGAGGGGCAUUUCAUUUACCCUCUAAACAGAUAUGGUACGAAUUUCUCAUUUCCGUCUUCCAGACUCGAGUGACUGAGGAAUCUAGUGAAAAGCUGUUCCAGAUUUAUUUUGAGCAAGUCCACCCGUACACGCCAAUACUCGAGCGUCUUGCAUUUCUGCGUGGAUGGGUUGAAGACAAGUAUUCGAUCUUCCUCUUGCAGUGCAUUUUGACGAGCGUAGUGCCAUUUUUGCAUGAAGACUCAGUCUCGUUGAUGGGGUUUGCAGAUCGAAGGAGUGCUCAGAGAUCGUUCUUCUCUAAAGCGCAACUGCUCUAUGACCUGGAAUUCGAGAAGUCCCAGUUAUGUCUUCUCCAGGGCUCCCUGAUGUUGACCUCAUCACAUUUUGAAUUCAUUGUGGACAAAGACUGCAGAUUCUGGCUGAUCAAUGCGGUUCGAUUAGCCACGCAAAUGGGGCUUCAUCGCAAGCAGAUUGCAGCUCAACUUGACCCAUCGACUAGGAAACUCUUCACCCGUCUAUUUUGGGUGCUCUACAACAGAGAUGUUCUAAUGGCGAUUGCCGGACGCGCAAAUGUGCGACGCCUCAAUGACUAUCAUUGUGAUGUGUCGGAACUAACAGAGCACGACUGGGAUGAUGAGGAUUACCACGGACCAUCUGUCCUAUUCUCAUCGCCAACAACGCGAAUAGAAAAACUCUAUCUUGUACAAAACACAAAAUUGUCCAGAAUCUGUGCUCGAUAUCUCGAAAUCUUCCGAUCGACGGAAUCGAAGCCAGCAAGAUCUGGAUGUGAAGAAUUAGAGAAAGCAAUUCUCCAGUGGCGGAAAGAACUACCACCUGACCUAAACAUCGAGUUCAUUGAAAAUUGGUCAAACGAAACUGUUUGGAUAUUGGUUCUCAAGGCCAUGAGUAGCCGUCUGGAAUGUGUCCUUUACCGCAACCUGAGAACGAUGUACGAUACUGGAGACGAGAGUUCAGAACAUCGAGCUCUCCAAAAGCAGCACAAUGCCAUGCUAGACUUGUCCACAACUCUAGACCGUAUCAUGUUGCAAGAUCUUGUUGGUUGCUGCCCACUCUCGGUGAUGACUUGUGCCUCGACAGUGAUCGCGAUGCACAUCGAGACUGCGUUGGACAAAUCUAUCACCACCCCAAGAAGGCAAAAUAGUCAGAUCCAUAUUCACAAAGGUCUUGCGUAUCUCCGAGCAAGCUCUGAGCAUUGGCAUAGCGGACAAGGUUCCUUGCACAUGCUCGAAGAGAUAGUGAAAAAGACAGGCUUGACGCUUAAGGACCUAGAUGAUCGCGAAUCUGGAUUGAAACCAGUGAACCCAUUUGCUCAGAAACAAAAAGGAGCGUUAGAUCGGAGAAUUGACAGUAGUGAUAGGCCGGCUGGUCCAUCUGGACUCUUUUCUGGGGGCAAUGCCUCGAAUGAUCGGGAGACUGCUUGGACAAGCCUCCCUUUCCUUCCAGGUCUCUCGAUGGGCACUGAAAAUUCUGGGUAUGAGACAAUGGCGGGGGAGGAAGAUCCGGAGAAGUUGUUGAAUGAAUUGCUAGCCGAGAAUUUCCUCGACUUUGACGGCGCGCACGCAUGGGGACAGUUCGAAUAA